AAAAAUUGGAAAACAAUGAAUCUGAAAAUGCUGUCGUUUAAUAAAAACUUCCCAUCAGUCAAGUUCUAUUUUUCACCACCGUCAUCAGCCUCUGCCUCUGCCGCCAAAGCUUCUGUUUUCGCUUUGGUAAAAUCAGAAAAGAAGACAACGGGGAUGAUGAUGAUGAUGAUGAUUAAGAAGAAUCUAAAGUCUCUAUCUUUUGAACUACAAAAAUCAAGGUAUGUUUCUUCUUCUAAAAUCCCAUUCCUUUCUCUCCACACCAACCCUCAAAACCACAACAACAAAGACAUACAAGUAGAUGCCAUUUAUAACAUCAUAAGUAACUCAACUUCCUCUCAAAACCUCAAACAAUCCUUAAAAUCAACUGGGGUUUUUCUCUCGAAUGAUUUGAUAGAUAAAGUGCUCAAAAGGGUCAGGUUUAGCCAUGGAAACCCUUUACAAGCACUUGACUUCUUUAAUUUCACUGCUGAUAGAAGAGGGUUUUAUCACUCUUCUUAUUCUUUAGAUACCAUGCUUUACAUUUUGGGUAGGAGUCGCAAAUUUGAUCAUAUUUGGGAUGUUUUGAUUGAUAUCAAGAGGAAAGACCGGAACUUGAUAACUCCGAGGACUUUACAAGUUGUUUUAGGUAGAGUUGCUAAGGUUUGUUCUGUCAGAAUGACCGUGGAGUCUUUUUGGAAGUUCAAGAGAUUGGUUCCGGUGUUUGAUACUAGUUGUUUUAAUGCUCUGUUGAGGACUUUGUGUCAAGAGAAGAGUAUGAGCGAUGCGAGAAAUGUUUAUCAUCAUUUGAAGAAGGGUUUUAGGCCCAAUUUGCAAACUUUUAACAUACUUUUGUCGGGGUGGAAGUCGUCAGAGGAAGCGGAGUUGUUUUAUGAGGAGAUGAAGGAAUUGGGUGUCAAGCCUGAUAUUGUAACGUACAACUCGUUAAUUGAUGUGUUUUGUAAGGGUAGAGAACUGGAGAAGGCAUAUGGGGUGGUUGCGAGGAUGAGGGAGGAGGAUAUAUUGCCGGAUGUGAUAACAUAUACUAGUAUUAUUGGUGGGUUGGGUUUGGUUGGCCAGCCUGAUAAAGCAAGAGAUAUGCUGAAGGAGAUGAAGGAGCAUGGAUGUUACCCAGAUGUUGCAGCAUACAAUGCUGUGAUUAGGAAUUAUUGUAUUGCAAAGAGGCUAGAUGCUGCUUACAGUUUGAUGGCUGAGAUGGAGAGUAAGGGCAUGAGUCCAAAUGCAACUAGUUACAAUUUGUUCUUUCGAGUUUUUUCUUGGUCAAAUGACUUGCGCAACUCUUGGGAUUUCUACGGGAGGAUGAUGGAUGCUGGGUGCCUGCCGAAUACCCAGUCUUGUAUGUUUCUCAUCAAGUUGUUUAAGAGGCAUGAAAAGGUGGAGAUGGCACUUCAACUUUGGAAUGAUAUGGUAGAGAAAGGUUUUGGGUCAUAUAUUUUGGUAUCUGAUGUGUUGCUUGGCAUGCUUUGUGAUAUGGGCAAGUUGGUUGAAGCAGAGAAGUGUUUUUUGCAAAUGGUGGAGAAAGGGCAUAAGCCAAGCAAUGUUUCUUUCAGAAGGAUUAAGGUGCUCAUGGAAUUGGCAAACAAGCACGAUGCCAUUCGGAAUUUGUCAGAGAAGAUGGCUAUUUUUGGGUCAUCAAUUCGAGCUCCUGAAGGCAUGGAUGAGAAAGAAUGUUCAGACCCAGUUCCUAGUUUAUAACGUGUUUGUGACUUGGAAGUUCCAAAUUGUGACCUUGAGCAUCUAAAUGACUGUGCUACCAAGCUAAUGCCCUACAGAGGAAGGGGAUAAUAUUUUUUUCGGUUGGUUCUGUUUUCUUCUGUUGGUAAACGGUGAACAAUUCUUCCUCAAACCAUUUCAAGGAAACAAUGGGCAGAACGGAUCUUCUGCCAGCCAUCCUUGAAAUUUGUUCUGUUUAAUGCAUGUGAAAAGUCAGAUGUGUCUUACUUGGCAGAACUCGAAUCAGAAAGUUCCAUCUUGUAUCUGUCAAUUCUUAGUAGUUUCUUAUGCCCAGAAACAAUCCCGCUCUUCAAAUCUAUCUUCAACACUGGGUGGGUCGUGAGCUUCAACUGAGACAAGGCAUCAGCAUAGAAACCCAAGCAGAUCCCGAGUGAAUGAGAGAGGAAUUAGCGUUUACAAUACUUGGCAUAAACCUGCAACUAGCUGCUUUACUGCUUCUUUGUUGGUGUUGAUAUUGGAUUCCUUUUUCAGGGCAGAAACCAAGGAUGAGAAAAUUGGUGAUAUGAAGUCAGGGAUUCAGAAACUCUAUCUGGUUCAUGGAUAGGUUUGAUUUGAUAUUUUACUUGAAGCAUUCGUCGAAACCAAGAGAAUGACCCUUCUGUUUUGGAUCACAGCUCUAAUCAACUGAUUGGAUAUAGCAAUUUUAUGCGUUAAUGCAGCUUGAUUGCCAGGGGAUAGCUUUCUAUGAUGGCAGCCCUACUGCUAUGAAAUGACAUUCAGGAAGUUCCCAUCUUCGCAAGCUUCCUCACCCAAGUGGAGGGUCAUAUGCAAGCCGGAAACGAAUUGCUUACAUUUUAAUGCGUGGAACAUUAACACCAUCGUGUAAGGAGCAAGUUAGAAUCGAUCAACUUGCAAUGUCAGUUGGUAUUUUAUGAACAGCCACCGCACAAACUUCUGCGUCCGCCAGCCAAACUGGCUAUUUCCAUUUUAUAUCAACUGGUUAUUGGGUAAGAUCUAAUCCAUCACACUCCAUCGUGUAAUUUGAUGUUUUCAAGACAUACAGAAACUCAGCGUUCUUUCUUCCAA